UAUUAUUCAACUCAGUUAAAGUUAUUUUCGAUUAUUGUACCUUCCUACUCACAAAAAUGGACAAAAAUAUUAAUAUUUUAACAAUUUAUUUUAUAUUUAAUUUGAUUGGAUCUAUUUAUGCUCCUAUAAAAAAAUGUUUUAUAGAAGACCAUGUUUUCGAUGCCAAUCAAAAACUAUACUGUGAAAAUAUAAUGGUUAAGGUGAAUUUAAUGUACAUCACCGAACCUGAUAAAAUGUACAAAACUACAAAGAAUUGGGAAAGUACAGUCUUAAACGAUUUAAAUGAAUAUUCAGCAGAUUAUCCAGUAGACAUCUUUAUAAAGGGUUAUCAAAAAGGGUCACUUGAUAAAUCAAUACAGACCCCACAGUCAUUUUGUACUGCUUACGCAAGGGAUUUGAUAUGCUAGUAAGUAAGGAAGAUUUUAAUACCAUUAUAAAUCCAUAGAUCAUGUAUUAAAUUACAUUGUGUAAUUUUGUUGUUUUAUUGGUUACACUUUUUCUUUGUGGUAUUUUAAUUAUUUUUAUUAGAAUAAUUAUUGUUUAAAUGUAUACAUCAUAUUUUAAUAAAUAUA